UCCCACACCGAGCGACUAGCCGACCGAGCGCCUCGCGCCGACACGCGACCGCGCCGCGUUCGUCGACUCACAUGAUCGCUACCCUUCACACCAACAGACUUCAACUAAGCCCCAGAGUGUACCCCUCGGCACAGAAACGUCUAGUCUCAGUACGUCUAGCGAUGCCAUCUAAACCAGCAGUAUUUGGCCCUAAAUAAAAAGUUUAUCGACCCUUACGCUACUGCCAUAACAACCCUUAUUCACUUCAGCCGCAGUCGCUCCCUCUAAUUAUUGACUCCCCUAAAGUUUGUUGAAAAAUCAGACUCUCGAUUUUGCUGUUUUAUUGCUUUAAUAUUUGUAUUGCUCUACAUUCGGAUAUCUGUAUCCUCAAAUAGCAAUUCCCUAGCCGAGUUUUGGAAACAACCGGCAGCGACGUGUCCGUUUCCUAGAUCAUUAAUUAGUUUACUGUGGUGACGAAUCAUUUUUUCUAUACCUACCGGAAAGCUUACUCUCGAGGCUACGUAUAAGACGAAAUUGCCAAAAGUCUGCGUCACCAUUGUCUGUAAUCAGGUCAAUCAAGGCGCUGAACCAUGACUCUCCGUUGACAUUGCCGCGUUGGUUUUCUCCGUGUUAGUGAAUGUGACUUUGGUUUUUGGAGUUGCUGACGGACCCAAGUGUGGUGCAUGGUAGCGUAAAGACUCUGCAGCGGAUGUGCACACCGCUGCCAUACUGGUGGUUCGUGCCGGCUGGAAUGCCAGCAGCUCUUGACCUAACUAGGUACAAGAGCGGGGUGCGCUCAGUGAGGGGCGGGGGCGGCGGCGGCGCGGAGGAGGCGCGGCGCGGCGGCCUCAAGGCGCUGCCCAAGCGCGCCCGCACUCGCUGCAGGGGCAUGAACAUGGGGCAAAAGCUGUCCGGCGGUGUCAAGUCGGUGUCGCGCGAGUGCACCGCGCCAUUCAAGGCUGUGGUCGCGCGGGAGCUGGCCCCGGAGGCGCCGCGGCCUACGCGGCUCGACGCGUUGUUGGACGCGCCGCCAGCGCACGCUGAACUGCAGCUCAAACACGCAUGGAAUCCAGAAGACAGAUCACUAAACAUAUUUGUAAAAGAAGAGGACGCAUUAACGUUUCACCGGCACCCGGUGGCACAAAGUACAGACUGUAUCAGAGGGCGAGUGGGUUAUUCCCGCGGGCUUCACUGUUGGGAAGUAGUGUGGCCGGCGCGGCAACGCGGCACACAUGCGGUGGUCGGCGUGGCAACCGCGCACGCACCGCUACACUCCGUCGGGUACCAGAGCCUAGUCGGCGCGACCGAUCAGAGUUGGGGAUGGGAUUUGGGAAGAAAUAAAGUAUACCACAAUGCGAAAGGUACAGGCGGAAGCGGUACGACGUACCCGGCGUUAUUACGGCCGAACGAGCAGUUCCUAGUUCCAGACAGAUUGUUAGUGGUUCUGGACAUGGACGAGGGAACUCUGGCGUUUUGCGCGGACGGACGGUACCUCGGAGUGGCGGCGCGAGGUCUGCGGGGCAAGACUCUGUACCCCAUAGUGUCCGCCGUGUGGGGACACGCGGAGAUCACCAUGAAAUACAUCGGUGGCCUAGAUCCGGAGCCGCUGCCGCUGAUGGAGCUGUGCCGGCGCGUGAUCCGGCAGCGCGUGGGGCGCGGGCGGCUGUCGCUGGCGACGCAGCGCCUGGCUCUGCCGCCAGCGCUGGCCGCGUAUCUGCUGUACCGCGCGCCCUAGCGUCUGCUGCCCGCCGCCCGUGCCCCAGACGAUCACUGAAUAUUGUAUCGACUCGACCGACAGUAGUGAAUUUGAGUGACCGAUAGUUUCCUUUGCCCCGAACUGUGAACUGUCGAGUGUGACGCGCCACGUUUUACCCCAGGCACGGGUUUAAUAGUAAUGGACCUCAUACUAUCGCCUGUCCGGCGCCCGAAACGCGAUAGCUCUUAUAGUGAGGAUCGUCGUUCGAUGGACACGCCGGUCGAAUGACGGCCCGUAUGUCUGCAUAAUACAUUUAUCUCGCGGUAGUCAUGACCCACAUGAGCAAUCGAACGCUUAAUAUUUACAGACGUUGUUGAAUGAAUAACUUUUUGGUUACCGCACCAAUAGUCUUGUCUUUUAGGUGUAUGUACCUAAAUUGCAAUUAAAAUAAAUACGGUUUAAAUGUCUUUCCCCAAUUUUUAUCCGAUAUUCUGAACAUGAAACAAUUAUUACAAUUUAUUGAUUUUCAUGAAUAAAGAUCUGCAUCAAAUCGUGUAUUAAUAAAAUGUGAUCUAAUAUUAAUGGAAUACAAUAACAUUCUGCAACGUCUACAAAUAAUAAGCGUUACAAAUUUGUCAAUGUUCGAUAGCAAAUAAAUACUGCACAUAAUGUAAAUUCCUUGUAAAGCGUCAUUUCACUUGUAUUCACAUGCAAGACAUCAAUUGUUAUUGAAAUAGAAACUUUGAAGAAAUUGACAUUUUAAUAUCGUUCUGACGUAGGAUCUUAUGGACCUAAAUGUUAUUAUAAAUAAGAUUAAAUGAUGUCUUUGUUCAAGCGAGUAUUGUAUUAUGCUAAUCAAUCAAGCUAGUGUUAAAUUCACUUAUCUAAGGGUCUGGAUAGUCGAGAUUGUGCUUGCUCCCUUACCACGGUGGUAGUCAUACAAUAAGCAACGGUUAGUUGAAAAUAUAUAAACUUAUUAUAUGAUCUGGGAGUUUCUAAGGUCAAAACUAUAUUUACAAUUAUAUAGCAUCACAAAAUUGUAUAUUUUUAUUUUAUAAUAUUUUUAUUUACAACAACUAAAAGUGUGUCCUAAAGAUUUGACAAUUAUUGGAAACUUUCGGAUUGCGUCGCACAACGACAAUAUGUAUGGCUUUGUCUGUUUAGCGUGUUAAGUGUGAUAGCUUAUUCUGCUGUAAUGUCAGCUGGCUCAGCGGGCGGAUUACUUGUUUCUAUUUAUGUAUAAUUUCCAGUAUAUAUUCUUUAAUCACGUCAAUUUGUAUAACGUGGUAAGGGCCGUUGGUAUUGCAACGAUCCGUCCGCCAGCAUAACCUGCCAACCGCCAUUGUGACCACCACACAAGACCGUUAUUCGGUGGGCAGAAUGUUUCUGGCAGUGAUCUAUAAAUAUCACUUUAUAGUAUACUGAUACCUCGGUCAAAGAAAGUUUUUUUUAUAUGUGCAAUUUGCAAACAUUGAUGACACAGACCUCACUCGAUAACGGUUCUGAGUAAAUAGCGAUAUGAAGCACGGGACAGAACAGUUGUAUGAAGACUAACACAAUCAUAUUGUGAUGGAGAUAUGGCGUCACAUUUUAAUUUUUAUAUUAUAGGUAGAAAUGCGUUGUUGUCAAGACGUCUCCGAAGUGUUUGACAAGUCUUCGCUUCUGUUCUGUCUGGCGUCGCUACUGUAGAAUGUAUCAAUUUUAGGUGUAAUCAUUUUGACACACACUGCAACGAUGCCGUAAUAACAAGGACUUAUAAUAACCCUAUUUUAAUUUAAAUGUUAUCUGUGAUAAUUAUACUUUAAUGACAAAUUGAAAUCAGCUCCUUUCCACUGAAUUCAAUGCAUUAUUGACCUCUGUUUCAUUGUGUGUUGCAUUGAUGUCGAAAUUAUUGAAACCUCCUCGCCUUGACUAUCCGACUCGAUGGUGGGCGAAUAUGGUAUAUUCUGUUACCGAUAUACAGUUUAUAAACGUUUUAUAUAUACGACACUAUAGUAAGUUUAUAUCACAGUCGAUUGAUAAAUUUAUGUUAACGCUGAUCAACAAUAAUGCAAGCCAUAUUGAUCUCUUAGAAAAUGCGAUCUCUGGUCUGACGCUGGUUAUAGCAGAGAUGCGUAUUUUACUUGUUAAGAAAUAUUUUAGAUCGACGAAAACUCACGAGCCUCGGCAAGUACUAAUAAUAUAACUAGAUGUCAUCGUCGUAUAACAAUAGCGUUGCGAACCGCCGCCGCGGUCGCUCACUAGGCCAGUGUAUCGUUGGCAAUUUUAAAUACUAUUUUAUAGCUCAUUAAGUGACUGGAUUAUUUUUUAGUUUAGUAUUUUUAAUUCCUAAUGUAAAAAUGUGUGCGUGUGUAAUGUAUAUAUUUACGACUAUACGCAUCGUAUCCAAAUGAAUGUGACACCCAGGGAUUAUGUUAGCUGUACUUGAGACUAGCGUGUUAGAUCGAUAUAUUACGAAGUAAUAUCUCCUCGUUACGUCUUCUUUUGCAAAUUUUAGACUAAUAGAUAUAAAUGCAAUAAAUUAAAAGAUAGUAUUUACAAAGCACUGUACUACUAAUCGAGUCGUCAGCCAUUUUGACCCAAAUUAGUUGUAAUAUCUUAACCUUAAAGAUGUGUAAGUACUUCCAUUUUAAUAAGAUUUUUCAUAUGUAGAUCGUACGGCAAGGUAGACAAUCCCGCGAGGGCUCACUUUUAUACAAUGUUGUUAUUCACGUUUUAUCUCAACUCUCUUCUUUGUAAAAAUCUAGAGUACCGUGGUUUCAGAAGCCUUUCACGAGUCACUGUGCGGAGUACAACGUGAAUACCAACAUGGUGAGAAUGACUAGUGACGAACUGCCAAACGUGAGAGUGCGAGAGACGAGGCCCGAGUGGAGACGAAUGCUUGCAAAUGUUUGUGAUAGUAUCGUGCGUUAGACGGAUAUUUACACUGUGUAAGAGAUAUAAUCAUGAUAAUAUUACACCAAGCUCUAUGUGCUCUAUGUCCAGUCCGUUGCGCUAAACUCCCUUCGAGGACCAACCGUCACGUUACAGAACACCGCUUAUAUUUUACUCUUUUGUAUUGUAAAGUUUCCUUUCCCGUUCUCUUUCUAUAUCCUACACACCGGGGUUUACCGCAAAGGAUUAAUAAUUUAGAAAAAUAACCGUUCGAAUUCCGUAAACCGUGAAAUUUAGUCCUGUAUAUAUAAAAGAUUAUCAUUUUGCAGUGUUUAAUGACUUUAUUGUAAGGAAAUGCAUUUUAGUUAAGUUGUAGGAGAUAUUUUUAAAUGGUCAUUUCUAAUGGAUCACUGCGAUCAACAGUCGAAUCUCUUAGAUACAAUGAUUUAAAAAAAAUAGGAAAAACGAUUGGAAUAAAUAUUACUGGUUAAGAAAAUAAUAAAUGAUAUUAAUUAAAAA